CAAAUACCCCAGGAUUGUGAAUMACUUGUCUGAGUUGGAAGGUUUCCGACGUUUAAAAUUGGAUUUAUGUGGAAAUUGCAUCAAGGGUCAUGUAGGAGGAGUUCUUUGAAACCAAACAAGUUACGAAUUUCCCCUUAUAAAAAAGGAAAUUGAGACCCGACAACUCACUGGAUCUCACCAUAAGAUGUUUGCAAUGCACAGCAGGUCCUGGCACAGACAGAUGUGUUGUCACGCGUAGGAGUCCAGAACCUUUCUCCAGCUUCUAUUAGCAGCCCCACUCCUCUCCCUCCCCCCACGCCUCCUCAGAGCAUCUUUAAUAAGACACAUGCUCCGGGGCUCAGGCUCUCAUUCACACCAAACGCUCCUUGGCGAUCCUCCAACAGGCUGCCUGCUCCACUUCUAGCCCCGCCGAGUCUUCAUGGGUUGAACCGACAGGAGUGCCACACUCUCCUCUCCUCCUUUUUCCACCUCUCCUCUCCUCUCAUACUCCACGCAUCGCUCCUCCAUUACAUCGUCAACCGACCCCCCCCCCAACACACACACACCACCGUUAUGGCUUGUGCCCCGGGCAUGUUUGGAUUUGCAGCCGCAGCAGCAUAAUCCUCUACUGAAGGGAGUUGCGGACGCAGCAGCCGAUAGUGAGAGACAGUGAGAGACAGAGAGAGAGUGAGUGAGAGACCCAGCGGACAGAAGCAGCGGAGGGAGGGAAGCAGCAGGGAGGAGCAGCAAAAGCAGCAGCGGCAGCAGAGUGAUCCACCUGUCACAGAGUGGAAGGGGCCCCCCYCCUGAUCCGUCUGCCUGCAGGGGGGACCCCGCGUGGCCGGUCAGCACCAGGGACUAUGCAGCUGGGACUGGUGGCUCUGGCGAUGGUCUAUCUCGGAUCCAUGUGUCACAGCGACAGCGGCCUCAAGCUCUCAAAGGGACGGAGGCAGAGACGGAUUAGCACUGAGGGGCCACCAUCUUGCUCAAAUGGCUGUGAGCGAUGUUCCGAAUACAAUGGCUGUAUYAAAUGUAAGCCCAAACUCUUCAUUCUCCUGGAGCGCAACGACAUCCGCCAGAUAGGCGUGUGCCUCGCCUCGUGCCCACAGGGAUACUUCGGCAUGCGGACUCCCGAUACCAACAGAUGCAUCCAAUGUAAAAUAGAGAAUUGUGAGGAGUGUUUCAAUCGAAAUUUUUGCACAAAAUGUAAGGAGGGCUUAUAUUCACACAGAGGGCGAUGCUACCCCAGCUGCCCUGAAGGCCUCAGCACCACCAACGGGACCAUGGAGUGUGUAGAAUGUGAACUGGGCGAAUGGAGCCAAUGGGGUUCCUGUAUGAAGAAGAACAAGACGUGUGGCUUUAAGAAAGGCACACAGACCAGAAUGCAAGAGCUUCUUCAUGCCUCCAGCCCUGACACGGUCUCUGCGUCAUCCCCCCGGCCAUGUGCUCCACAGACUGAGAGACAGAAGUGCACAGUGCAGAAGACACCAUGUGGAAAAGGAGAUGGGAAUAAGAAUAAGGGCGAGCGACGAGACCAGCAGAGGAGGCGAGACAAAGAAAACGUCCGAGGCCAUGGCCACGAGGGCAAAGAGGGUGGCAAGAAGGGUGGCAAAGAGGGAGGAAAAGAAGGAAGCAGAGAGGGGGGCAAAGAGGGAGGAAAAGGAGGAAGAGAGGGUGGCAAGGGAGGCGGCAGGAGGAAAAAGGGCCAAAACCAGGCCACCACCACACCCAGCCUUACCCCUAGCACUGUAGCCUAGGCCUUACUCACGUUGGGACUUAGUGGGGACAAGGAGGGACAAAAACAAGGCGACUAGGCAACACCCACCUGCAUUGGCCAUUAUUAAGAGACUGACAGUGGACAGAGGAGACAAUAUCAAACUGAUGAAGAAAAGGAUUAAUGCUGCUAUGCAUUCUAGAAGAUGCUCUAAGAGAACUGGAGGAUUGCUGCAAUAAAUGAGGAUCAGGUCUUGGACUUAUCAGACUUGGAGGGAAGAGGGUGAAUGUGCAAUGUGGAGGGUUCCACUGUAAGCCUUGCAGUAGGGUCAACAUGUUUCAUUUCACCGCUCCCAGGUUUAUCAUGGAGUUGGCAGAUGGAGAUCCCAGUGGCUGAACAGUGGAAGACACUGAAUAUGAAUAUGAGAAUUUCAAGAUGGAGUCUUCAUAAUGAUCAAGGAUCUCUACAAUCCAUUAGAAUCCCUGAUGUGCUUUUCAAAAUCUAUUUUUCAUUGUUGACGACUCAUGUUUUGUGAAUGGUAGCAAGUAGAUGUUGUAAGUGAUAUAGAGAAAAUGAACAGUAUUAAGAUUCUGUAUUUUAAUUCUAUUUUAUGAUUAAACAAAAGAAAGGCACUGGAACAAAUGUGUGGUUUUGAAGGAAACAUAUUUUAAUUACAUUUUUGGUUUGUAGAGAAUCCGCUCCAAAACAAACCAGCAACAAUAUAGAGAACGUUUAUACGGCUUUAGUUCAAAUCCUGAUCUGGUGUUAGACAAAGGUUACCCACACAAUAGCUUAGUUCUUAAUUUCAAAUAGAAUAAUGUUUUGGUAUCUUCAGCAUAAAAAGUUUAGGAUUGAAAACUGUGUGUGUUGUGUAUGUGUGUUGUGAGUGUAUGUGUGCGUGUGUCUGUGUGUGCAUUCGUGCCUGUCUGUAUGUUUACAGAAUUUCAGCAAAAUGUUUUUGUGAAGUAGUGGUCACACAAGUGUAUGUAUAUUUGUGUGGGUAUAUUGUAUGUGUUUCUGCACAUAAGCUUAAUGUGUGUGUGUACGUAUCAAUCUGGUAGAAUGGGAAAUGUUAUAUAAACUCAGCAAAAAAAGAAAUCUUUCAAAGAUAAUUCGUAAAAAUACAAAUAACUUCACAGAUCUUCAUU